UCCUCUGCUCCAUCGGUUCGCUUGGCCUACCCUUUUGCUUGCCUUCUUCUUGGACUCGUAACUCCACCCCAAAUAAAUACACUUCACAGGCGGAGAGGGUGGGUCGGGUGGAGAAGGAGAGGUCGUUUUCGUCGGAAGCGAGAAUCCCCUCCGACACCGCACGCUCCUUUCUAGGCUUCUCAGAUUUCCACACUUUUCUCCCCCAUUUCCUGCAUCGUUCUCCGUUUCUUUAUCUCACACGCUCUUCUUUGGUCCAUGGGUCUUGUAUUGCUUUACAGCUACCCUGCCUGGCUCUCUAAUGUCACAACCCCCUUUUCCUUUUCUCACAGUCUCUGGUAGCCACAUUGCCUCCUGGGCUUCUUGGAUGGAGGCUUCGCGGGGCAAGUAUUCUAAGGGGUCCCAUUUUUUUGCUAUUCUCUUUGGCCUUUUGUAAAGAUCUGAGAGGCUGUGGGAGAGAGAUGAGUCUGGCGAUAACGGAGAAGCGGCAGCCACAGCAGCAACGGCCGGGUGGAUGCGUCGGUAUCUUCUUCCAGCUCCUCGACUGGAACCGGAGGCUCGCCAAGAAGAAGCUCUUCUCCAAGAGACUCCUCCCUCCAGUUCGAGCCGCGAAGAGGGCGUCGAAGAAGGUCGGCGCCGGCGGCGAUGACAAAAUGCCCAUGGCCAAGCUGCUUCUGAUUGCGGAUGAGAACCGUGGGGGUUUCCCGAAUGCGAAGGAAUCGGAUGAUCUUGGUGAUGGAAUGAGAGCUCCUGGCCUGGUGGCCAGGCUGAUGGGUCUGGAUUCCAUGCCUGUUCUCACCAGACAGAAGCCAAGGAAGGAUUUGGAUUCUGAAUCGGAGAGAAAUAAGGAGAAAGGUGGUUCUGAAUUUCUGAGGCUCGACCAAGAUCUAUGUCUGGAAAAUGGUGGGCUUGGGAAGCUUGAAUCGAGGCCACAGAAGCUGCAGAAGACUGGAGGAUUCUUGGAGAGGCAGCCGACUAAUGCUGCCCGGGCUGGACCAGAUGUGUCGUUGUUCAGCAAGAAUGUGCUGUCAUCCCGGUCGAGGAAGCAGCACCGCAAGCUGGCAUCGCCUGUGAAGAGCCCCAGAUUGCUCUCAGGGAGUCACAGGGUCAGGCUUGCGCAGGCAGCGACGAGGAUUUUGGAGCCUGGUUUGCAGUCUAGGAAUCGGGAUAAAUGUGCUCUGACCUAUAUGAGUUCUUCGCAAGCCAAUGCAGAAGAAGGAUCUGAUGCUUUCGCAAGCUCGAAGAGAUCUCAAGAAUUGUUGAGCGGCUCCCUUGUUGGAUCUUGCAGGAGCUGUGGUAGUUUGGUAGAAGUGUCAGAAUUGAGGUUAGGGGCGAAAGAGCCGAUGGAAAAUGAGUAUGGGUCAUCUGCUUUGGAGUUCAGUAAUGCUUCUUCCUCUCAUGACAACUGUUUAGAGGGUAAACCCAAGCUGUCAUUUAUGGAGGGCCAGCAGAGUCAAACAACAUCUCUUGCAGUUCAAGCUAAGGUCAAUGUGCAGAGUAAAUUGCAUGACUUUGCGGAAAGGAAGAAACAUGUACAAAAUGAUCUGGAUCCAUGCAAGCCCCAGCAGGAUGCAGUGCUGAGGACUACUCCUAAGAAGAAGACAUUGAGACAAAAUCAGCCGGCACCAGCUAGAGAUAAAGUGGCCCCUGGUUUUAAGGAGUGUAGUAGAAGACAGGGCAGAAGGGACCCAAAUGAGUCAAAUGAGCCCAAAGAUUUUGUAGCUUUGAACAGAAAUAUGAACAAUUGCUCACGUAUGAGAUCAACCAGUAAAGAGCCAGAAAGACAGAGAAUGGAAAUGGGUAGGAAUGGUUGGGAAAGAAACAUAGCACGCAAAAGAACAAUCAAUUCUUCUCACUUUGAGAAUGGGGCUGCGGCCAGUUCAACAUUUGAGAAGCCAAGAACUGUUGGUGGUCAUCUGAUUAACCGUAAAGUGACAGUGCCUAGCAGCAAUAGGUCUAUCAAUCGGAACUGUGUGACAAGUGAGUUACAGAAGAAGGAUGACAGUCAUAGUUUUAGUGUUAGGAAUAAUGAUAUAGUAUCUUUCAUGUUCAAUUCACCAAUGAAGCACGCAACUAGGCCUUGCUCCUAUAGAGAAGUGGUUGAGAAGAGCAGGGGCCAGGGCGAAAUCAAUCAUGACUCUUCUCAUCCAAAGAAUUUUGUAUUGAAUCCAAAGAGUGGAAACUCAAUGCUGCAAAGGAGGACAGCUUUGAGAGGAGAUGAGCUAGGUAAUCUUCUUGAACAAAAAAUAAGAGAACUGACCUCCUUGGAUCGGGAUGAAUUAGGAAAGAGAGAUGCCCGAUCUACUGCUUCCAUUCUUGAAGAGCUGAUAUCUGCCCUCACUGGAGGAGCUCCCAUAUCUGAGGAAAAUGAUGGCAACUGUUUUGGUGCGUCCUCCACAACAGACGACACACGUUCUCAUUGCACAGAUCUCCCUGACUUUCCCAUUUCACAAUCUCAGAUGUGUAACGAUAACAAAGAUUUUCAGGAAGAAGCAAAAGCAAGCAUUUCUGCUUCAUAUCUGGUCAGCAAUAAUGAUCAGCCUAGCCCGAUAUCUAUUCUUGAAGCUUCUUUCUCAAACGAAAGUUGCUCUUUUGGGAGUCACAAUGGCAGCUCAGGAGGCAAAGUGCAUUUUGAGUUGGCAGAGAGUUGCAACACAACUGUGUCAUUUGAUCUGGAUAAUGAUCUUUUAGAUUCAGCAACUUCUAUUGAUAUCACGAGGUCUGAUAUUGAAAAGAUUCCCGAUUUUACUAAUAGAAGUUCUACAGAGGUCAGUGAAGUUAAACUUCCAGAAAGUAAACUCGGCAAUGCCAGUGAAACUAUUUUGAAUGCUGGACUCCUGUUCGAGAGUAUUUGCCUGUAUAAUUCAGAUGGGACGGUAGAGUCUUCUGUAAAAUCUUUUCUUCUUGGCUUGUUGGAAACUCUUAUACGUGCCUUUGUCAUAGGACCAAAAAGCUGUUCAGAUUACAUGGAGGCAGAGGAGAGAAAUCAGCUAAGAGUGUUUAUCUUUGACUGCAUAAUUGAGUGUUUAGAUUUGAAGUACAGUCAGUUUUGUAAAUCCGGUUACAAGACAUGGUUGAAACUGCCUUUGUUUCUGCGCAGAGAUCGCUUGUCAAGAGAAAUUCAAAAGGAGAUAAAAGGGUGGAUGGGUUUGGCUGGGAGGUUUUUAGAUGAUACAAUUGAGAAAGAAAUGAGCCAUUCAACAGGAAAGUGGACGCAUUGUGAGAUUGAAGCAUUUGAGACAGGGACUGAGGUUGAGACGGACAUACUCCAAGCACUAGUUGAUGAAAUGGUGAUAGAUCUCUGUUGAUGCUGACAGAAUGCUGGUGGCUUUUGUUGUAACUUCUUUAAGAUAACUAACGAGAUGAAUACCAAGGAUGUCGAUUGAUUUUUCAGUUUUAUCUGGGAGUGCAGAUUUAACCUCUUUGUUGUAAUUAUGCUACAAUGAAGUGAUCUUUUGUAGAUUUUGCAAGAAAAUUUAUGGUACUUGCAAAAGGGGUUUUGUGGAAGGAUUGUGGAGUUGUUGGUUUUGUGAAAUGUUGCUUUAAAGGUAGUGAUUCUGCA